AUGCUGCACCUGAAAGUCCAGUUUCUGGAUGACUCCCAGAAGAUCUUUGUAGUUGAUCAAAAGUCCUGCGGAAAAGGGCUCUUCAACCUCACCUGCAGCCACCUCAACCUUGCGGAGAAGGAGUACUUCGGGCUGGAGUUCUGCAGCCAGGCUGGGAACCAUGUCUGGUUGGAACCACUAAAACCCAUAACAAAGCAAGUCAAAAAUCCUAAGGAGGUUCUUUUCAAAUUUAUGGUGAAAUUUUUCCCAGUGGACCCCGGCCAUCUGAGAGAAGAGCUGACCAGGUACCUCUUCACCCUCCAGAUCAAGAAGGACCUGGCACUGGGGCAGCUGCCCUGCAGCGACAAGAGUGCCGCGCUGCUCGUCUCCCACCUGCUGCAGUCCGAGCUGGGCGACUUCCAUGAGGAGACGGACCAGCAGCACCUGGCGACCCAUAGGUACCUGCCCAACCAGGAGUACCUGGACAACAAGAUUAUGCACUACCACCGGAGACACAGCGGAAAGACACCGGCAGAGUCAGAUGUUCAGCUGCUGGACGUGGCCAGGAAGCUGGAGAUGUACGGGAUUCGCCCGCACCCCGCCAGCGACGGCGAGGGGACACAGAUCAACCUGGCCGUGACGCACAUGGGGGUGCUGGUCCUGCGGGGCAAUACAAAGAUCAACACGUUCAACUGGUCCAAAAUUCGCAAACUGAGUUUCAAGAGGAAGCAUUUUCUCAUCAAGCUCCAUGCCAAUGUCUCUGCGCUGUGCAAGGACACACUGGAGUUCACCAUGGCGAGCCGGGACACCUGCAAGGCUUUCUGGAAGACGUGCGUGGAGUACCACGCCUUCUUCAGGCUGUCUGAAGAGCCCAAGUCAAAGCCCAAAGCCCUCCUGUGCAGCAAUGGUGCUGCUCACACCUUUCCACCUUGCUGCAGCGGGAGGACACAACGGCAGCUGCUGGAGCACGGGAGGAAGGCGAAGAUGAAGAGUCUGCCCUUCGAGAG